AUGUAUCGCUGGCACGAGGCUGGUUGUCAACAGCCGGAAGUUGUGUUCAUAAACGAUACUCCAAAAUGUAACUCUUGUUUAUCUCAGCUGUCACAGGAGGAAGUAGUUGUUGAAGAGACUCCCUCCAUGUUGACUGUUCCUCAUGUCGAAUCUCUGUCUCACCUGAAGCUUACUUGGCCUGAAUCUGUCAAAUAUACCCAAUCCAAUAACUCCAAUAACGACAUAUCCACCUCAUCUAUACCAGACACUAAAACCAUCUAUGCUUCGCGCUUGGUAGCAAAGACCAACAACCUUGAUAGCUUUCCCAAUACAUCUGGAGGGGGUUUCAGGUUAUUACGGCUGCAGCCCGGCCAGAGCGACGAUCCGAUACGAGGAGAUAUUGAGAUAUUAUCGUUGAGAGACUUGGAAUCUCCGCCUUACCAAACUUUGUCUUAUUCCCCAUUUGCCGACCCUCCUUCACCUGCCGAGGAUUCUUCCGACAAAGAGCUUUCCGACAAGAAGCCUGAUGAGCAGACUUUAAAAACAAAGCCUGCGUGUAUACUUUACAUACCUCAACCAAAGAAUCGUCCGGUGUAUAUCGGACCCUAUUGGGAUGCUAUAUAUGUUGCGGAAAACUGCGAAGCUGGCCUGAAAGCGAUCCGAUGUCAGGGCACGGAACUACCUGUUUGGGUGGACUCAAUUUGCAUAGACCAGCAUAACAACGAUGAUAGGGCGGAACAGAUUGCAUCGAUUAAGUAUAUCUAUGCAAAUGCUGCGAAAUCGAUGUUUUUUGUUGGAGCUCCUUCUGAGGAUAGCGAUCUGGCCCUCGAUCUAUUGAGAUCGGUAGCAAAUGGAUUAGCAGUGCCCUAUCGGGUAGCCGCCACUAAAGGGAAAUCGAAGGAUGCACUAAGAUCUUUGUUUAAGCGGUUGUGCUUUUCCAGUCUGUGGCUUGCCCAACAACUUAUUUAUGCCGCAAACCCAGAGAUACUCUGCGGGAACCGCUCUGAGAUUUGGCCACCUUGGUCCCGGAUGCCUAACGGCAUACGCCGCUGUGCUCCGCUCUUAUUGCUUAAUCCAGGGGCAUGGGCUAAAUUGGUAGACGCAGGCCUUUAUAAUAUUCUACGCCACGCUUCAGCCCAUCAAUGUCCUGAUCCCCGAGACAAAAUUUUUGCAAUCCUUGGGCUUCUAGAGGAGGUUGGAUUUAGCGUCGAUUACAACCUCCCUGUUGAGGCUGUUUAUACUGGAGUCACUGCACACCUUCUACAGAAUAAGACUGACUUCCGACUAUUUAAUCUCCUUGGGUCCGAUGAACGACGCUUGAAUUUACCUUCUUGGGUCCCCGAUUACUCCCAGCCUUUACAGAUAGACCGUUCUUUUGACAUACAAAAAAUGGCCACAAUGACCAAUGAUAUAAUAAAAGUUGGAGAAUCUAAAACAGUACAGGCCCUAUACCCUUUUAGUUUCAAUGAAGCCCAGGAUAUCACCCUCGAACACGGGAUUGAAAUCGGCUCAGACGGGUCGUUGAAUAUCUUUGCGAUCAAAUUAUGUGACCUUUCCCCUGCAGAUAGUGUGACUAUGAACACCGAAAACGGCCGGCUUUUUAUAGUCAUCGAUAAGGGACGUCAUGGCUAUUUGUUGGUUUCUCUGAAGAAGAAAGAAUAUGAGAUAAAGGACGAUUCGAUAUUCCUUUUGAACCAGUCGCUCCUGGUUAUUCUGAGGCGUGAUCCAACGAAAGGAACAUACACAUUUUUGUCUCUCGCCAGCAUGGCUCUUGUCCAUUCAAACGAGGAGAAUGCAGAGUGGCGUCUUCCCUGUAAGCAACGGGAAGGGCAGGAUUGGCCGUUUGAAGUAUCUCUACGUAUCUCUUCAACGACCUCUACAAAGGUUCAAGAGUUUUAUUCAAGUCUAUUGGAGCUGUGUGAGGCAGACCCGUUGCCGGCGUUAAGCAUUGAUUCGACUACUACUGAGACGAUGGCCGUCGUUGAUUUCGGGAUUCUUAGCUUGACGGGUUUCGACGCACUAGAGGCAGAACUAAAAUCUAAUUGGCAGGGCUACACAGAGAAACUACGAUGGAUGUUUCGUGAUCAAGUUGCCAUCUGGAAAUUCAUUCGGUAUAUGGACCAGGAUGGCCAAAAGGACUGGUCAGGUACCGGGUCAAUGGCUGUCGAAGAUAUAGAUGGCCUGAAAGAUAACUAUGCCACGGAUAUCAAGGCUGAAUAUACAUGGAACCUUCGUCAAUUUUGCUGGUCCUUUCUCAAACCUGCAACUUUGGAUAUAGAUGAGCUGGAUAGUGUUUGGAACCCAGCCUUUGAAGCACUCAAGGCUCAUACUGCCGAAAUUCAAUCGUGGGCGGAAGCAACCGGAAAACUAAUGAAUGCAAUCGAAUUUUCACGGACAGCUCUAGGAAGCAGCAUGAAGUUCUUUCCUGGAAUAAAUCUCCCAGAGAAGUGGUAUUCGAAUUGGAAUAUUUUUUCUAAGGCAAGAGAGGACGGUGUAUUUCGCGAUGGGGAGGCUUUUGACUCGGACUAUUACUGGAACUGGUCGGAAUUUGAGCAAUGCAUUCAGCAAAGAGAGACGCUCUUGGCUCGGACGCUCCCCGAGGAGUUACGGCCCCAUGAAAACUGUGACAUGAAAGCCCAUAUGGCGUUCAGGGUAUGGGGAUUGGAUCUGAAUCAUGUAAGAAGAAUUAGGAUCGUGUAG